CAUAAUCACAUUUAUAAUCACCGUCUAUUUUGAGUCUUAACCUCAGAUUCCUUGUAACGUCUCAGUCUGGGCUGCAGCUCCGUGACGACGAUGCCGCCUGGAGGAGCCUGGUGCUCGCGUCUCCAUGGAAGCACUCAGUUAGUUUGCGACAUGUAUUCGCCAUUUUGCAGCUUCGGUGUGUGAAGUAACGGGGUGGGAGGGGGGCUCUUCUCGAGGUGAAUACCUCUGUAGCUUCCAAACAUUCAACACUCCAGACGUCAGCUAAAACAGCCAGGGAAAUGUCUGCACUUAGAGAACUGUAGCGUCCGCAGUAUGUCAUGGAAAUUUGGACGACGAAAUAUCACAUAGGGUCGCCCAGCGUUGCCGAAGAGGACCGGGAGAAAAUGCAAGCUUGACAAACGGGACUGUGGUUUUUCCAUCAUCAACCACUCAGGAUGAAAGCACCAAGUAAAGAGGAGGAGCAUUACUGUCCUUGCAGGAUUGUGUUUGCUUCCUUGGAUUCUAAAAUUUGACCAAAUCCACCAAAAGAGUACCAAUAAUGAUACCUGGAUUGAUCACCCAGGAGUUACAGGAGCAGCUUCUGGAUGUGAAGAAUUACCAGAAUCGCACAAAUGGGGUGGAGGAGCUCAAACACAUCCUCUCAGAAGUGGACAUUAAGUCAGUCCCUUCUGCUGGCAUUGAGGCGUUUAUAAAUUUUCUCCCGCGACUUCUCGACGAUAGUAAUUUUAAGGUGUUUUCUGGCACCUUGCAAGUUUUAAACUUGUUAAUUCGGAAGCUAGAUACAGCUGUAGACAAAUAUUUCAAACAUAUAGUCUUAGUCGCCCUAAAGGCUUUAGGGGAUACUCGCACUGUCACCAGGAAUGAAUACCUGAAUGUGUUUCGACAGCUGAUGAAAACUAUUCCACCCCAGCAAGUAUUGGAUCUUGUAAUUGGCCACUUGAAACACAAGAAUUCCAGGGUUCGGGAAGAUGUCCUUAACAUCAUUAUGGCAGCUAUGCUCACUCAUCCUAGGAAAGAUUUCAGCAUCCCCAAGCUUUGCUUUGAGGUUGCGCCAUACCUGGCAGACAGCAAAAGGAGGGUCCGACAUGCCGCCCUCGAGCUGUUUGCUGUUUUUGACCAUUGCCUUGAUGCACGGAGAAAGCCGUCUCUCAUGGAAGCUGUUGACAUGGUUGAACUGAAUGAGGAUGCAGAAGGUCUGAUGGCAGCUGUACAGGCAAGACGAGCAAGGCACAUACUUCCAAAACUCUCCUCGGAAGGUAUAGUGGAGUACGGCUUGGUGGUGCCCAAAUCGGGCCAGCGGUGCUCACCACAGUAUGGUUCUGGAGCUGAUUUAGACUGGGUGUUGAAUGGAGGGCGGAUAAGUAGUGCCAGGAGCCACAGAACAGAACCAGACUGUGACAGAUUAUAUGGCUAUGGCAGCUUAGGCUCCCUCACCGAUGACCUUCCACUUCAAAGGAGGAUUGUCAGCGCGGGCAAAGGAAAGAACAAACUACCCUGGGAGAUGUCGAGCUUCUCGUCCACUGAGAAUGACCAACAGCAAUGCAGUACACCCAACGGAAAGUGCACUGAACAGGGGUCAAAUGGGGACACUCUUUCUUUGUCCAGGAAGCCAGAAACCUACAUACCCAGUUUUAGUUCAACGGAGCCCCGAAAACCCCAGGCCUCCCGAAGGAGGGAGUCUCCUGCGCAUCUCAGGAGAAGUGGAAGCCUCAACUUAGAACCUGAUAUCUUUAAAACCACAAACUUCUCUGACCCAGAUGUUGUGGCACCCAAAGGACGUCUGCUCUCGAGGAACCCCAGCGUUGAGCGAACAUUUUCCCUCCCCUCAAACCCUACUACAUCCAGCUCCUUUCUUCUUCCCUCAUACCCACUGGCUACGCUCCCAGGGGGCAUGCUUACCCCAACCCCAUCCCGCCGUCAUGCAGACUCCUCCCUCUCUAUGUCCAACACCUGGCCUAACAAGAAGGACAACAGCCCCCAACAGCGAGAAACCAGCCCCUGGAGAGAGACAGCGAGUGCUGCAAAAGAUGACUUCUCUAGCAGACGCUCUCCCAGACCUCUUUGUGCCUCCCUCAUGAAUUCUUCCACGUCAUCAUUCAGACGGGCACUGAGCAGUCCCAGAGGUACCUUCUCCGUCUCACCAGUAAUCCCUCCAACAGAGCACAUCCAUUCCAUUAAUGGCCAGAGAUCCAAUGCCUCAGGAAGCCCUCUGAAUCAGCAGUUAGAAAAGACCCUUAAUGUGGACCCUGGUGGCCUCAGUGGUGUGGAUGAUCUUCAAGAAGAUGAUCCUCUGGACAUGCAGGAGAUGCUCAACUCCCUGCGCUCACUACGCAACAGCGCUGCCAAGAAGCGGGCCAAAGCGAGCCUUAGUAGUCCAGAUCCAGACAGUCCUGACUCAGCUGUGAAGGUGGACUUGGGUCUAGACUCGCUGUCAAACACUUCUCCAGUGCUUACCAGCUCGACUAGUGAAAGUGGACUUUCUAGUCUGAGCUCAGUUGCAAACUCCAGCUUUAAUGGCAUGAAAAGCCCUGGAAACUCUGCCUCUGCAGGAAUGAAACCUCGCAUUGCAAGAGUGCCUUCUGCAAAACUGAGGUCUUCUGUGUCCUCGGACUUCAGCAGCCUUCAAGUGUUGUCCCAGGGAGAUGAAUUCUCAUCUAAGGUGGGUGUGGUUGGACAGAGAGUUACGUACUCCAAUGGCAUAAUCAAAACUGCCGAAGAGAAAACGGUACCAUCCCCUCCAUUGGUCAGACCAGCUUUUCACGAAUCUUUAAAAGCUCAGAAGCAUCCCAAAGGAUCCCAUAGUCACAGCAGCAGUAGGAAAUCACCAGGCACAGACAUGUCUGAAGGAGUAGUUGGCAGAGGCAUGCUUGGCACUGCAGUGUCCUCCAGCCAUCCAGGAGUUCUCUUGCCACUUGAGCACUUAUCGUUCAAACCCCCCACUGAUCCCUCAGUGGGCAUCCACAGCAACGCUGUGUCUGGCAGUCACCAAGACAGUGAUAUCAUCCCACGUCCAGAAGAGGUUAAGGAGAGGAUAAAAAAUGCAAGAUUUGGCCGGGAUAAGAACAGGCUGGAUCAACAAGAUGGCCCGAUAAGUCAAGGGCAGUAUUCAACAGAUCAGAUUCGCUACCGUGUCAGGAAGAUGCUGUCUGAUUCACCAACAGAGGAAAAUGGAGCAUUAGUCAUUAAAGAUCUGCAUAUGAACGGCAGCACAGUGACAUCUAAAGCAGACCCUGUCUCUGAUGAGUCUCUUGUCACCAGUCCUGACACUCCCCAAGGACCCCAAAGCCCAAUUAAGUGCUUCACUCCACCCCACCAGCCCAGCCCCCCUACAGUUCCACCCAACCCUAAAAAUGUGUCCCGUCUUAGGAGGGCACCUAGCCUGAGCAGAACCCGUCCUUCACUGUCCCACAGUUCAGAUGAGCUGUCCCCUGGCAGUUUGGGGCACAGGAAAAAUCUCUCAGAUCCUGCAGAGCUGUGUCCGUUUUCCAAACCCGAGCUGGCGCUGGUGCAAAGCUUCAAUCUGCUGAACUCUGAAGACUGGGAGAAGAAGAUUGAAGGACUGACAUUCCUGCGCUCUCUUGCACACUAUCACUCAGAUACACUUCAGGCUCGGCUUCAUGAUGUUUGCCUAUCUCUCAUUCAAGAGGUGAAGAACCUGCGGUCGGGUGUGUCCAGGGUUGCCGUGUGUACCCUGGGUGACCUGUACACACACCUUCAGCGAGCGAUGGACCAGGAGCUAGAGGGGACAGUUAAAGCUUUACUGCAGAAGGCUGGGGAGAGUAAUGCCUUCAUUAGGCAGGAUGUAGAUGCAGCACUGGAUUGCAUGGUGCAGCACUGCACCCCUACUCGAAGCAUCAAUGCUUUACUUACUGGAGGACUCAGUCACCUUAAUGCAGUAGUGAGGAAAUGUAUGGCUCAACAUCUGGCUAAUUUGGUUGAGAAGGUUGGUGCUGCACGUCUCCUUUCUGGGGCUAAAGAUCUCACUGACAGAAUUUUACCUGCCGUGGUCAAACUCACACAAGACUCCUCACAAGAAGUUAGGUACUUUGGCCGUCGAAUGCUGCUGUCCCUGUCUUCCCACCCAGAAUUUGAAAAUAUCCUGGAGAAAUACAUCCCUACGAAAGACCUGCAGACUGUCAGAGACACCAUCUUCACUCUAAAGACAAAGGGUCUUGGUGAGAUGCCUCAAGAUACUCAGUCAGCCCGAGGCAGACGUUCCCUCCCGGGCAGCGGUACAGUCAGAGCCUCAUCGCUCAACAGAGAGCCACUCAACCAGACCAACAGGGAGUCUCACAGCCAUUACAGCUGUAGAUCUCAGACACAGAGUUUUGCAGACAAGACUGAGUACAUCAAGCAGAUCUCGGAUCUGCUGGCUUCAAAGGACUUCAGAGAGAGGAUCAAAGGCAUCGACCAGCUAGUGGCUGACUGCCAAAACAACCCAAACAUGGUUAUCAACAGUAUAUUCCCGGUGUUUGAUGCCUUCAGAGCCAGGCUGCAGGAGUCCAACAGCAAGGUCAACUUGUAUGCCCUGGAGUCUUUACAGAAAAUCAUCCACUUGUUAAAGGACAAGCUGUCCCAAGUGGUCAACAUCCUGGUCCCAGCAAUCGUGGACAAUCACCUCAACUCAAAGAGCAAUGCCAUCUGCUCUGCUGCUAUUGGAGCUAUUAAUGCACUCAUCUUAAAUAUAGACAACAUACUUCUCCUUCAGCCUUUUUGCGCCAAGGCUCAGUUUUUAAGCGGGAAGGCAAAGGUGAACCUUAUCGAAAAGGUCGCAGAUCUUGUGACAGAGCUCUACCCUCGUAAGCCCCAGAUGGUCGAGCAGAAAGUGCUGCCCUUGCUCUGGCACCUCUUGGGCACCUCUACCCACAGCGGCACCAUUCAUGGCCGGGGCGGCAGCGUAAGGGGUGCUACCGCCAACCUGUGCCAAGCCCUUUAUGCCCAGAUGGGGCCAAGCCUGAGCGAGUGUGCCGCCUCCCAGCCUGCCAAUGUCCAUAAAAGUCUAAAUGAUAUCCUGAGGACCUUAUCGUAAGGUAAAGCAGGCUCCAAACAGAACCAAAUGUCGAAAGAGGGACAGCAUUAAAACUGAUCUUACUUGAA